UCGUUUCGAAUAAUAUUCUUCUCUCUUAUCCACACUCCAACACACCACCACCACCAUCCCCACCAUCCCGUGGCUUCAAUUCUCACGCACCUCUCACUCCUAACCCCACUUUCUCUCUCUUCUUCCCAGAUUUUCUUUUCGAAAUUCAGGAUCAGCUUGAUUUUCCACAAACAAAUUCUCUCAAAUUCAAACCUCAAAUUAGUGUUUGAAGAUUCUCAGCCACAAUAUUUCUGAAGAAAUAGUAAAAUUUUACAGGUGUACAGAUUCUUAACAGUCACUAAUUUUUGGUGGAAACCGGUGAUGAUAGUUCAUGUUCAUGUUCUUAGGUAAGGUAGAAUUUGCGAAGAAUUUCGGACUCCGAAACAAAGUUCAUGAUAUUCCCGCCAAUUUGUUGUUCGAAUUACCAGACUUUCGGGGUGUCUCUGUGACUGAUCCGUGUUUUGUUAGAAGAAAUGGCAGUUUGAUUCGAAAGUGAUUGGUUUGAUCAAGAUGGGGAGAUCUAUUCAGAGAGAGAAUGUUUUAUUGGGUUAUAGUCCUCAAAGAUCGUUGGAGAACCCUAGUUCUUCUUCGCCGAAAUCUCUAUCCAGAAACUCAGAUAUUGAUUUCAAUGACGUUUUUGGUGGUCCACCGAGGCGCUUUUCGAUUCAGGAAACGCAUUUGAGUUUCAAUGGAGAAAUGGAUUCUGAGCGUGCAAGUUCGUGUCGUAGGUGGUCCGGCCUAAGCGAAAAGCCAGUAUUUGGUGAGGAAAAUGGGAAUCGGAGGCGAUAUCAAGGUGAUGAUUUCUUUGAUGAUAUCUAUGGAGGUGAAGAGACUUGUAACUCACCUAGAAGAACUGAUCGGGAUGCUUUUGGUUCGUCACCUGGUGGUUCGCUCGUUUUAAGCCCUGGGAGUCCUUUGCCCCCCAAAGCUGAGCAUUUUGACACUUCACUUCCAGCUCAGUUCAGUCUUCCAGCCAAAUUAACCAAAGCGAUGGACUAUCCCGUCUUUGCUUCUGGUAAUUGUAGCCCAUCUAAGUACAAGGACCGCAUUGCAAAUGGGGCAGGCCAUCUAUCUUCUCAGAGUGCUUCUCUUUCUAGAUUUUCAAGCCAAGUAAUCCCAGGACAGAUUGAGCUGAAAAAUGAUGAUCGGCCUUAUUAUUACCAAAGCCCUUUAUCCCCUGAAUUAUUUCCUUGUAGUGAGGACACCUCAAACAGGACCCAGUCUGAUCUUUCAGAAAAGGGAUGCAACUUGAAAAAGGAUUCAACAGGCACAAACGCUCUUAACAAUAGCAGCCAAUUUCACUUCUCCAUAUACAAAUGGGCAGGCCAAGGUGUACCAUUACUGAUGCCUUUUAGGGGAGGGAAUAUUACAAAAUCAAAAGAGACAGGUAAAACUGACAGAAGCUCAAGCUCUAAUGGAAGAAUUGAAGGUGACAUUAAAAAUGGGAAUCUCCGGGCUAUUGAGAGUCUCGUUCUCAACCACAGCAUAGCAUCAGAUACCAAACCCUCUAAAAUUGAAGAAGAGAAUCAAUGCAAGGAGAGCAAUCAAAACAGAGUAGAACCAUGUAGAUUGGUUGAGGAAACAAUUCUUGACAUGCCAGAAUUAAAACCCCACAACAGCGAUGAAACUGUUGAGAAUGUACCCGAUGGUACUAUCUUCAGAGGUAAAAAAGAAGAAAAAAAACCUCAUUCUUUACCAGACAUAGGUUUGCCUGGUAAAACUGAAAAAGGAGCUUUCAUGGUUACAAAAGAAGCUUGCAAAGCUGAGUUGAAGACUCCGAGUUCACUGCUCAAUUGUGAUAUUGAGGAACAAGGAGAUAAAGAGAUUACUCCAAAUUCUGACGGGAAAGAAAAAGGGGAGAAAAUGACCAAAGUGUCUCUUUCAAAUGUUGAUGCCAGUAGACUUGUAAAGAAGAAUGAUGGAAAAAGAAUCAAUUCAAACAGAGCAGGAGUGGAAAAAGCUAACUUGCAAGGUUCACCUAUAACUUUAGGAGACAAACUAGGAAGAACUGAAGGGAAAGGAAAGGUUAAAGAAUUCGUUAAGAUUUUCAAUCAGGAAGCUUCGCCAAAACCCAAACUCAAUGUCACUCGAACUCAGAAGGCUAGACAGAAAGGCACAAGCAUCCAUGGGGCAGAUAAUGGAGCAAAUGUUGGCACAACCAAAAUGGAUACAAAAUCGCAGUUGCCCAAUGGAAAUAACAUUCCAGAUGCUUCCUCCAGUGUGGAUGAAACUGCUGAACAUUCAGAGAAAGAAAGUGCUCAAAUAAAAACCACAGCCACUAGUGAUUAUUCUUUUUCUCAGAAGGUUGCUUCAUCAUUUCCUGCUGCACUUCCUGAUGAUUCUAAUGUCACUGAUGGAAUCAUAGACGUCCUCUUCCACGAAAAUUUCAUGAUCAAAGAAUUACCUCAUGACCAGGAUAAACUUUCACAAACUGGUGAAGAUUAUGAGGAUGUUCAAGUAAUUUUUCCUCAUUACAAAAUAGCUGUAAUGUCUAUAUAACACAUUAGUUUUACAAAUAAUAACUCGAUGCAGGCUUCAGAUGCUAAAAUUCGGCAAUGGUCAAAUGGGAAGAAAGGAAAUAUUCGCUCAAUGCUGUCUACUUUGCAAUAUGUUCUUUGGCCUGGGAGUGGUUGGAAGCCUGUUCCGCUUGUUGAUAUAAUUGAGGGAAGUGCCGUGAAAAGAGCAUAUCAAAAAGCUUUACUCUACCUACACCCAGAUAAGCUGCAGCAGAAGGGUGCUGCUUCUCAUCAAAAAUACAUUGCAGAAAAAGUUUUUGACAUUUUGCAGGAGGCAUGGGAUCAUUUCAAUACACUGGGUGAACUUUGAUGGUUCAAUGUUCUAUUGGCAAUAUCAUCUGAAAGGAACAGGAUUGGUGCUCAGUAUCAGAAAGUGCACAGCAAAAGUAUCAUUUUUACUCUGCAUAGAUCGAUUACAUGGGACAUUUAUUGAUACCAUAUUGCUUGUUUUAGAGAAGUAAAUCUGGAAACACUUCCAUUAAGCUCCUUGUACUCUUUGUUCAUACCAUACUGAAAAUGAUUUGUAGGCAACACAAACAUAUAAAGAGGUUGUUUUGCUUUUGUUUUUAAAUGUUUGUUUAGAAAGGAAAUGGUUCAGCUGAAUAUGCAGCCAAUUGGAAAAGUUUCAAAUUCACUACCUAUGGAUUGUGAAACGUGUGUUCAGUGAGAAAAAGAAAAAGAACAUGUAUAAUUCGGUUUUUAGUAUUACCCUUGUAACCAUCCGAGCUGGUGGUUUAGUGAUAAGUUGUACUCAUUUAGGAUUGUCUUUAACUCUCAUGUCAUUAUCAAGCAGGGUUUAAUUCAUGGGAGUGAGUAAUGCAGUUUGCUACUUGGAUUUGAUGGUGUUGUGGUAAUUGGUUAAUCUUUCAGAUUAGUUGCUAUUAUUCCACAGCGAGGUGAUUCUCAUGAUUUCGCGGUGGAGUUACUGUCUAUUGGUUGUCUCUCCCUCUUUU